GUGUGGAAGCAAGGACAACGGUGAGAAAUUAACAGAGCAUGGACAAUAAUCCAACGUCCCUCGGCCGAACCACCGAUCCUGACGCCAUACAAAUCGAGAAGAGAGAUGGAGAAGUACUGGAUCAAGUGAAGACACAGGCGAGCGGCUCCAAAUUGGUCGGGAAAAAGCGCCGGGCCCUCGAGAAGCUUAAGAAGAUGGCAGCAAAAGCGGCACGAAUGAAGGCCGAGACAAGUAACUUGAGGGCGGAAAUGGGGAAGCUGGAGGCUGCUGCUGAAGAGAAGGAAAGGGAGGUCAAAUUGGAGAAGGCAAAACGCGAUGGAUGUCUUGCUGAAAAGCUGCUUAUGUCAGUGACAGAGCACCUCCUCCUCGAGGAGAUCGAUUCCGUUCCCCCCGAGUGAAGACUAGCCGAAAUGCUGCUUAUGUCAGUCCUUCCGGAGAUUCUGGUCCCCCAAGUUUACACUAGUAAAUCUAAGGUUGGCACUCCUUGUAAUGUGUGUCUCCGUUUAUGCUGUUGACGGGGUGCCUUUUUUUUUUUCUUUUUUUCUUUUUUAUUGAGUUUUGUGUAUCUUGUCUUAAAUAAGGGGUUUCCAAUUGA